GGUACCAUUUUUAUAUCCCGUAUUUUGUUUAUCCAUUGUAAAUUAUCGCGAAAAUCAUGAAAAUUGUUAUUUUUAAUGCAAGAAAAUAUAAAACUUACAAAUAUAACAUAUUCCGACAGUGUAAACAUUCAUAUCUCAGCGAAUCUAGCCCCAGUUCCAGUAGCAUUGAUAUUGUGUAGUAGCCUACUUCCGAAAGCUUACAAACAUUUGCUAAAUAUUUUUUAAAAACUUUGGUUUGUUCUCAUUCAAGGAUAAAAUGGAAGGACAAGAGUUGAACGAAGAAGAGGAAGCUGUUUUGGAUUACAAAACCCCCAAGGGGCAGCUGAUCCAAUUGGUUGAAAAGAAACUAAAGAAGCCUGAAAUAGAUGAUAGCUUGGGAAAGAUUUUGGAUAAAUUUCAAGAACUCACAAAUGAGCAAACUUCAUACUUGGAAGUAGGAAUUUUCCACAUGAAUUUCACAGAAGACGCGCUGCUGAUCCAAUGUUGUGGACAAUUAUAUGGCAAACGAGUUGAUAAAUUGUGGGAAGAGCUUUUACAAUUCCAUACUCGCAUGGUAAAAUAUGACCAGAAGAAUGCUAAUAAUUCUGCAGAUGUUGAGAAAAUAAAAUCAAAGCAAGAAAUAGCAAAACUAGAAGAACGAUUGAAUAGGGGAAAACGGAAGAAGAUUGUAUUGGCACAGGCAGAGUUAGAAAACCAAACUGAUCCUGCAACAUCAGGAGGUAGAGUUUAUUUCAUAACGGAACAGUCGGCGGUGUUUCAAUCAUUCACUCCCAACAAAUGCAAGUUUCCUUUAGCAAAUGAUGUUCAAGAUGAUGAGCCAGAUUCUUUCGAAUAUGAACGAUAUGAAGAAUGGGAGGAUUAUAAAAGUGAACAUAAAAAGCAACUAGAGCUAAAUUACAAUUCUCAGUUGGUUAUGGAAUAUAACAAGAUAGGUUGCAGCUUUAAACAGUCACAAUCACCGUUCUUUAAUGAAUUGGUUUACGAUUUCACUGAGCCAGAAGUAUACAAUACAAAAGAAGGAAGGCUCAUCUCACACCAGUUGGUCAGGCAAAUGUUUGAAGACAAUGACAAUUGUCUAAUACCGGAUGAAAAUUUUGUUAUUGCUCGAUUAAGGAUUGCAUAUAGUAUCAAGAGCAAAUGGAUGAUAAGAAAUAAAAUUGACACUUCAAAUCCUAAAUCGUAUAAAGAAGCGUGGCAAAAAUUCAGACGACAAUUUUACGCUGAAGAAAGGCGUAAAAUUCAAAAUAUGCCCCAAAAAAGCAGAGAGGAUGUAGUCAAGUUUUUUGAAGCUUUGAAGGAGAAAGAAAGGAUAGCUAGAGAAAAAGUACACAAACUAGAAGAAAUGGGUGUAAAAAAUUUACCAGCAAUCACUUUCCACUCGGUCAUAGUUGAGCCUCUAAGAGAAGAUUAUGAUGGGAUAUUUGAUCCUUACAUUCCAGAAGGUUAUGAGGUUUCUGGUGCACCAGCCAUAGAUGAUAUUGACGAUGAAUUUGAACGCAAUUGGGAUAGUGAUCCACAAGCAGCACUUCUUGAGCAACUUAACCGAACCGACGAUUCUGGAGUCAUUGCCGAUCAUAAUGUAACAGAUCAUGAAGAACCUAAUCAAAGCAUUGCUGCAGGUACAGAUACUCCUUUUGAAGAAGAUGGAGAAGAAGAUGGUAGUGAAAACCGAGAUGAAACGUCUAGUACAAGACCUGAAGGAGCAACAAGUCCAAAUACUGAAAGAGCGACUCCAUUUGCAGAAGAUGAAAACGACAUUACAGAUCCAAAUGAGCUUGAUGCUAACCUUGAGCCUGAUGCUAGUAAUUCUUUCGAUGACAUCAAGCUCUUCAUAGGCUCUAUGGAAAAUAAUGUAAACAUUAUUUCAGACUCUCAAAGAGAAAAAAUGAACAAUGCUUUGAAAGAAUUUGUACAACACAACGAAUCGUUAUACAAAACCUUAGAAAAUAGCUAUUUUGAGGAAACUGAUGGAAUAAUUUCGAUUUGUUACUACAAAUCUGUGAUUCAACAAACAGAUAAAAUACAAAAGAAUAUUUCAAAGAAAAAAGAUAAAAACAAUAAUGCUGAGCAAGAAAGUACUAUGAAACGGAUAUUGGAUAAUUCAUCAAAAAAAGACGAGUCUGUACCAAAAAGGAGGAAACUAUCGAAAAAACAAGUUGAGAAGCUCCAGAAAAGUUUAAUAGUACCAGUAAAAGAGCUAAAGUGGAAUAGCUUUUUUUCGCAUAACUAUCAACCAGAAGCUGAAGAAGGUGUAAUUGCCCCAAUUGAUUAUGAAUCCGAUACAGAAGAUGAAGAGAUGUUUGAUAAUAUUAAUGAAAAAACUAUUGAUGACUUACCAUCACACAUCGAACCUGAGAAUAAUAACAAUCAUUCAGAUCAAAAACAAUUGACCCAAGAUUCAGGAAUUGAUAUAAGUAUGAAUGAAACACAAGAAUCGCAACUAGUAGAGAAAUCAGCAAUGCAAAAUGAUACUGCAGAAAUAUUAGAAGUUCCACAAAAUGAUGAAACACCAGCAUCAGCAGAAACAAUAAAUAAUAACAUAUCAGAUAUAAAUAAAAACAACAACGUUUUGGAUGAUGAAGAAAAUGAUCCAUUAGCACAGCUUGGUGCUAAAGAACGUGAAAGACAUGAGAUGAGACUUCGAGUUGAAGAAUGGAGAAAAUAUAUUACACCAAAACUAAAAAGUUUGGAAGAACAAGAGUUUGACAUCCACAAGUACAGCGCAGAUAUCAUAGAUAGCGUAGAAAUAAACGAAACAAAAUCGUUUGCAGACAUUAUUAGUGGCAAAUGCUCAACAGAAGUGGUGAGGUAUUUUAUAUCCUCACUACAACUGGCUAAUACACUAAAUGUUGAAAUUUGUGGUGUGACUCAGGGGGAGCUAGCAAACGACACUUUCCAAUUAAAACUGCUGAAUAAGGAACAGUAUCAUGAACAUUUGCAGGAAUAUCAGGCACCUUCGGAAGAAAAUUUCAGAGAGAAACUGAAAAAAAUUAGAGAAAUUCAAAAGCAAAAUGAGUUCCAGGUUGUCACUCAAAAGAAACCGCCCUUAAAGCGCAAGAUACAAAAAGAAGAUCGAGAAUUUCUGCCAAAGGAAAAUUUCAAGCCUCAAAGCCAGAAAACCAGAGUAAACCCAAAGAAAAGGUGCAGAAUAUUAAAUGAAGGUAAUACCGAACGUUCUCUAAACAACUCCCAAGCAUCAAUAUUAGAAAUCAGUCAAAAGCGAGGAUCUCAUUUUCAACAACCAUCUACAUCUCGGCAAGCUAAUUUAGCAGAUCAGCCUCAAAAAAAUAAGCAGCUGGUGCACAAAGUCCAAAAGAAAAAUCAAGAACACCAGCCAGAGGAAGAUUGUAUGCCUCAAAGACAGAAACUGACCAUAAAACCAAAAUCAUCACGAGUGAACUUCAACGACAAUAUACAAAUUUUGAAUUAUGAUAUCAGAUCGCCCCCUAGUCAACAAGACAGCUUCCUAUUCAUGGACACUGACUGCCAAACAACAAAAAGCAGCAGCGGCUUAUGUCAGAAUCAAGAACUGUAUUUUGAUCAACCAAGUACAUCGUGGCAAGCAGAUUUGGCAGAUCAACAGGUACAAACUCGCCAAGAUCAGCCAGAAGAAAAUUUAUUGGCUCAAAAACAGAAAUUGACGAUAAAAAAGAAAUCACCAAAUGUAAGCUCCAAACAGAAGGUCAGAAUAUUGAAUUAUGAGAUAAAAACACCCACUCAAAACAGUUUGGGAACUUUCUCAAAUGACUCACAUACAUCAGCAACCACAAGCAGCAAUAGUCAGAGAUUAGGUUUUCAACAACACUCCACGUUGUGGCAAGCAGAUUUGGCAGAUCAACAAGAAGAGAGUAUGGUUGAUUCGGCCAUUUCUGACAUGGAUAGAACUCCAGCAAGAUCCAGCUGCGAUAGUGGUUUCAAUACGUCGUGUGACGACGAUUUGCUCGAACAGUUCGACCAAUUGCAACAAAUUAGUGGACCGCGGAUUACGUCAACGCCGCUUCCCUGUAAAGUUUUAAAAAUAAAACUUGCCAGGAAUGAAUUCCCAAGGUUUAAAAAUUAAUCUUGACCUGCUUCAUUUUGGUGGUAUUUAAUUUAUAAUAAUCUUGUAAACUGUUUUUUUUUUUAAUUUAGGCUUAAGCUUAUAUUGUUGCAUGCUAUAUUUUAAAGUAAACCAGACAUCAGGUCAAAAUGAUACUGAUAUUUGGAAGAAAUAUUGUAUUUGUUCCCAGUUUAUUUUCUAUUUCAAAAUACAUAAUCGUAAGUUUCAACUAAUUCUAUUAAGAAGAACUUUAAUAAUUUGUGUAGAAUGUUAUAGGUACUAUGUUUACCGCUGUAGUUUACUCAUUUUUUUUUCCAAUUGCCUUGAUUUAAUAUUUUUAUUGCAUUUUUUGAGAGGUUUCAACCUAACAAUCUUGUAGUUAGUAAUUUAAAUGUACAAAUUUCAAAUAGAAUAGAUACCUACUUACAUAAUAUAAUAUAAGUAUUACAUCCCUUAAAAUUUUCGAUUCUUGAAUUUGAAUUUGUAUGAAAUUUAGCUUUGAUAUUCAGGCACAAAUCUGUAAAUAUUUUUUUAAAUUCCUAAAUCAAAUAUUUUUUCUACAAAAUUUGUAAAAUUACAAAAAAAAGCAUUGUCAGAUCUCAGUUCAAUAUAGUUUUUAAGUAUCAUGAUAAAAUCUAAUACAUUUUUCCAAGUUUCAAUAAUAAUUCAAUUCUCAAUUUGGAUGUAUUAUUGAAGCUAUUAGGAAAAACUUACAUGAAACACUUGAUUUGGAUUCGAAUCAGUGGCGGCUCAUCGUAUAAAGCAACUGAGGCCGGGCCUCACAUGUAAAAAUUACAAUAAUAAAGUAAAAUUUUGAAAUAAUAUUUAUUAAAUAUUUAACGUUUUUCAACUAUUUUCAAUCAUUAAAAGAAUCAAAACAUCGAAUUUUCAUUAAAAUAUAAUACUAUUUCUUGAAUCUAGCGCGCGCUUUUACCUAUUUAUCCUUAUUGGCGCUCAAAUCGUUGCCGGACAGCAUUAAAAUAAAAUAGCAAUCCCAAAAAUUUUGGCCUCAUGUGUGUCACAGAACGCCGAAGCGAUGCCACGCCACUCCCCACCACAACGCUUCAACUGUAGGUGAGACGAUAGCGAAUUUUUAUAGGCAUUGAGGCGCACAAUUUUGGGCUUGUUAAUAAGAAACCUUGCAUCGCUUGCUGCUGCGACAAGUAUUUAAUUGGUUAAUUGGCUCAUAUUUUUUAUUUUGGUCUGUUGCGGGUUAAAAAACUGUUUUUUGGAAUUUAUUUUGUUAAUUUGAAACUCAAUAUUUGUAUUAAAAUAAGAAUUAGGUAGCUACUGCUGUUGUUUUGCAACUGUAAGAAAUGAAAAUUUUCAUUAGAAAUAUACAAAAAAAAACAUCUGAGAUGUUCUUUUGAUGAAAUUUUGGGUCAAAAUUUGGGCGUAACACUUGAAAAUUUUGUUUGGGUUUGUUUGGGUUAACUUGAUGGGCCAUGGGCCUCACCAGUUUGGAUUGUCACGAGCCGCCACUGAUUCGAAUGUAAUUUUUAAUUAUCGCCACUUCAAGGUUUAGUGACAAAAUUACAAUAUAUUUUUGUAUCUAAAGUUUCCUGACGAUAUAUAAAAAGUAUCCUUCAUAUAUUUUAUUGUAGAACUAGAUUAAUGUUUCAUUAUUCUGUGAAAUAUCAUCUGAAUAGCAAAUUGUUAUUAAGAUGGUGAAUACAUCUUUGUCAAUUUAGGUUCAGUGGUUUUUUAUGUAAUUUUGUUCCGGCUUAUAUGGUUAGUCUAAGGUUGUAUCCCAAAAACUUUGAGAUACAAUCUUGAAAAUAACUUAUAAACUGUAAAAUAAGACAAAAAACAUUAGCUUUAGUGAAUGGAGAACUCUAAAUCCGAUUUUUUAUUUUAUAAGUUUAUUGUAUAAUAUUUUACUACAUACUUUACAAAAAGCGGCAUUUAUUUUUUCUUUGUGAUAAUUUAAUUUGAUUAAUGAUUUCAUUCCUCAUUACUAUAGACAAUUUUUUAAAAUUAUAUUAUUAUUUUAUCCAACACUUCACUUGAAUAUUUUUUAAAUGGAUUUUUCUGAUAAUAAUUACAAAUUCAAAUAACUCUCAUAUUUAUUAUUGAAAUUGGAUAGAACGUUGUAUUGGGCACGUAAGUUAUUACAUAAGUCACGCGGGAAAGGUUUAGUCUACGAGCCUACAGGGCGAGUGAUCUAAUUUUUCUAUCGAGCAAAGGUGCGUAUAAACCUACACAGUCCAUUAUUUUAUCAGAUCCAAGUGUUUGUGUAUUUCUAGGGAUCUCGAAAGGUUGUUCGAGCAACAAAGGCGCAGCUUCAUACGCACCUCAAAUAACUAUUAUUGAAAAUACAUUUUUUCAGGAAUUAAAUUAUUUUUAAAAAUUGAUUCAUUUAUUGUCAGAGUAAUGUCGUAGGUAUAUCAGAAUGAAUUUAUGAUUUUUUUAUGCUUAAUUAUCCUAAACCGAAUUUUCGCGACGAACUACUUCAUGAUUUCAUGAACACUUUCGCGAGAAACCCAUGACGUCAUAUUUAACUUGGUUCGCCGGAAGCAUGGACGCAACUUCUAUCCAGCGUUCAAACUCAUGACGUCACAAGACAAACUAUUGAUGAACUACUUUCGUCGCGAAAAUUUAGUUUUAGUUUAGUUGAAUGUUUUGAGUAAAAUUUAUUUAGAAUUAUUAGAAUUUGUUUUUGGUUGAUGGCUGUUUAAGAAAUUAAAUUAAUAUAAGUUGUUCUUCAAUAA